AUGGCUUCACAGUUUCUGGUUUUGCUUAUCAUCAUAUUCCUGUCAGUUUCUCCAAGUGAAGGCUAUAAUGAUCAAGCUCUGGCUCCUCAGAUUUUGACUCAAAUUGCAGUCAAGACGAGCAUAGCACAAGCCCAAACAAUUCGAGCUUCUAUUCCUCCUGUCUAUGAGAGGCCACCAAUGGACGAAAAGCAGAGCCAAGCUAUGGACGACUGCAUGGAACUGUACGAUCUCACAGUGGGUUCUUUAACGGAUGGUCUGUUAAUAAUGACAGGAUCUUCUUUGGGUUGGAACAAAGCAGUAGAUCUUCAAAGUUAUCUGAGCGCAGCCCUAACAAACGUCGUCACCUGUCUCGACGGACUGCAAGAAGCAAAGGUAAACCUCCGCUUGUAUUCUUUCACAAAUCAUAUGUCUAACGCGUCGUGGGGCGUAAGUAACUGCCUGGCUUUGGUAAAAAAGUUUUGGAUCAAAACAGUGGAUUCUGAGCAGAUUUAUGUGCGCAACCGACGCCUGUUAUCUGAUGCCCGUGAAGAUGACGGCGGCGACGAUGAUUUUAUAUCACAGUAUGGCUCUGUUGACGACGGCUUUCCGUCGUGGUUGUCUCGUGAGGACAGAAGAUUGCUACUGCAGAAGACCACCAAAAAUGGCGUCAAACUGGCGACCAAUGAUGUGACGGUGGCGCAGGACGGCAGUGGUGAUUUCACGACUAUUAGUGACGCCAUUAAUGCCGUUCCAAAUAAUAAUCCAAACAGAUCUGUGAUCUAUGUGACUGCUGGAGUGUACGAGGAGUACGUGAGCGUGCCGAGUAAUAAAUUUAAUAUCAUGCUCAUUGGUGAUGGACAAGACGUCACUGUGAUCACUGGCAACAGAAGCGUUGGGGAUAACUCAACUACUUUCAAUUCCGCAACUCUCGCUACUGUUGGGAAAGGUUUUAUUGCAAGAGACCUCACAAUUGAGAACACAGCAGGUGCAAUAAAACAGCAGGCCGUUGCUCUACGUGUGGGAGCAGAUCUGUCUGCAUUUUAUAGGUGCAGCUUCAAGGGUUACCAAGACACUCUGUAUGUUCACUCACUCCGUCAAUUCUAUAGAGAAUGUGAUAUCUAUGGCACUGUAGAUUUCAUCUUUGGUAACGCAGCAGUGGUAUUCCAAAACUGCAAUCUUUUUGCACGAACACCGUUGAGCGGGCAGCAGAAUAUAUUUACAGCUCAAGGUAGAACAGACCCAAAUCAAAAUACGGGAAUUUCCAUUCACAAGUGUAAUGUUACAGCUGCACCUGAAUUGGUUCCUGUUAUCAGCUCUUUCCCGACCUACUUGGGAAGGCCAUGGAAAUUGUACUCGCGGACUGUUUACAUGAAAUCUUAUUUAGAUGGAUUGAUUCAGCCAGCUGGGUGGUUAGAAUGGUCCGGUGACUUUGCCUUGAGCACGCUGUAUUAUGGAGAAUAUAAAAACGAAGGUCCAGGGUCAAAUACUUCACAAAGAGUUACAUGGCCUGGUUAUCAUCUGAUGAAGAUAAGUGAUGCUCAGAAUUUCACCGUACGUUCAUUCAUCUCUGGUGAUAUAUGGUUACCAGGAACAUCCAUACCCCAUGGAAUCUCGCUUUAA